AUGGAUCGCGAUAUCGAAAAAACGUCAAUAGACGAAGGAACUCUGAGGUCCGAGCCAGUCCUACCCGUUCGCUCAGGAAUGACAGAAGUCAUGAGAGCUCACCCCAGAGCAUCCGUCAACCUCUCUCGCUGUCAGUCCCAGAAUGGCUACAGCUGCAACCCUUACCAUGAGCCUGACAAUGAUGAUGGGGAUGAUGAAAAUGCGCCAGAGAAGGACCCUUUCGAGGUUAACUGGGAAAAUGGGGACAGUGAUCCUUGGUGUCCGCGUAAGUUUGUCAAGAUGAGGAAGUGGUUGAUUAUCUUUAUUGUUUCGUCUGCAAGUCUAUGCGUAACUGCUGUAAGUUCCAUCUACACAUCGACCUACGAGCAGAUGGAGGCUGAAUUUGGCAGCUCGCGGGAGAUAUCCAUCCUAGGUCUUUCAGCCUUUGUCCUAGGAAUUGGCCUUGAGCCCAUGUUCCUGAGACCCAUGAGUGAAUUUUAUGGUCGAAGACCUACUUAUAUCGUCUCAUGGUCUAUGUACUUGGUCUGGAUCAUUCCUCAGGCUGUGGCCCAAAACAUUGAGACUGUCAUCGUGAGUCGGUUUCUCGACGGCUUCUCAGGCAGCGCAUUUCUUGCUGUAUCUGGUGGUACUGUCGGAGAUCUAUUCACUGCCAAUGAAAUACAAGCGCCUAUGCUGAUGUUCUCUAUUGCAACCUUUGUAGUCUAG